UAAAGCCUUUCGCGACAGAAGAAAGCAUGACAGAUAAGGGGAACAUCAGAAACGAGGAGGACUAUGUUGGGGAGAUCAAAGGGGGUCUACGGCCGACCAUGAGGCUGGUAGUGAUGGGUAUUGUUCACAAGCAGCCCAAAAGUAUGGUAGUGUUAGUGGCAUGCCAGUCUAAAGGAGAGAGGGAUGAGGAAAUCGAGAGUGAUGUGGGCCUGGAGUUGAAGGUGAACUUUUCAGAAAAGACUGUGCUUCGCAACGCGCGUCUGUCAGGAAAGUGGGGCGCUUCAGAAACUGCCCUGUCUUUCUUCCCCUUUGCUCCAGGAGAGCCCUUUAAGAUGGAGAUUGUGUGUGAGCACCAGCAGUUCCGUAUUCUGGUGGAUGGGCAGCCAUUGUGUGGUUUCACUCACAGAAUAACUCAGCUCGCAUCUCUCACUGCUCUUAGAGUCCAAGGAGAUCUACAACUCACCAAAGUGGCUUGAGCAAGUGAAGAAUUGUCUGCCAUGACACAGACUCUUCAUCGAAGCAACUUAGCUGAGGUUUUAAAAUCCUGAGCGUACUGUACACGAUUGUCUUAAAGUACCACAACUCCCUCUGUUCAUUUAAAACAUUUAGAACUUAAUUUUGUUUGGAUCU